AUGACCAAGGUGAUAUCUAGGCCUAGGAGUGCAGUAACUACUCGACAAAAGAUGAUAGCUUUCAUGGGAUUGAAGCACACCAUCUUGCUCCUCCUCCUCCUCCAACACAUCGUCUCCGGAGAUGAUCAACCGCUCCCGUAUCGUCGACAACAAGCAAUUCUCCGAGAGAAGGCCACCCUCUUGUUUUUCAAGAACAACAUAAUAUCUCCACCACAAGCAGCUCUCGCAAAUUGGAACGAGUCCACCGAUGUUUGUGACUUCAUAGGUGUCAUCUGCGAUCGAUGGCGACUCCAUGUCGUGCGUCUCCAACUUCGUGGGAACCAUCUCGAUGGCCCAAUUCCACCAUCUCUCGCCAACCUCACCGGACUUGAAUGGUUGGACCUGUCCGAGAACCAUCUCACCGGGCACAUUCCAGUCGAAUUCUCCAACCUCGAGCAACUCAUGUUCCUAGAAUUGUCAGCUAACCUUCUCGAUGGCCCAAUUCCACAAUCUCUUGCCACCAUCAGUAGCCUUUUCUAUAUCAACCUCGGCUACAACCUUCUAACAGGUCAGAUUCCAGCCUUGAUCCUUCGCAACUGCAGUCAAUUACAAGAUGUGGACUUCUCGGUCAAUUAUCUCACUGGUGAGAUCCCUUCGGAGGCCCGAAUUCAUCUGCCAAACUUGAGCAUUCUCAACCUUUACUCCGAUAAUUUGACUGGAAAAUUACCCCCGUGGCUUUCAAAUUCAUCAUUCCUAAGUCAGCUGGACGUCGGAUAUAACUUCCUUUCAGGUGAACUGCCUUCGGACAUCGUCUCGAACAAGACAUACCUUAAAGUUCUUCAUUUGUCUUACAACAAUUUUUCAAGCCACCAUAUCGACACUGACUUGAGACCAUUUUUCUUAGCUAUUUCCAACUGCUCAAAGCUGACGGAACUUGAGAUGGCAGGACUAGCGCUUGUUGGACCAUUGCCUCAACUUGUAGGUGGAGUCCCCAAAAGCUUGUCUACAAUUCAGUUGGGUGACAACAUGAUCUUCGGACAAAUCCCUCCUGACAUUGGCCAUCUUGUUAAUAUCACGCUAUUGAAUCUGUCGAGCAACCUUCUCAAUGGAACUAUUCCAACUCUGAUCGGCAAACUUCUGAAGUUAGAGCAACUAAUCUUUUCCGAUAACUUCUUGAGUGGUGUGAUUCCUCCGGAGAUUGGAAACAUUGGCUCAAUAGGUCUGCUUGAUUUAUCCAACAACACAUUGUCUGGUGAAAUCCCAAGGAGCCUUGGAAAUCUAAGUCUUAUCAGUGAGAUUCAUCUUCAGAAGAACCAGCUUUAUGGAGAAAUACCUGCUAGUCUCGGAAGGUGCAUGAACUUACUAAAACUAGAUCUGUCAUACAACAGAUUAACAGGAAGGAUACCUCUAGAAAUGUCCGGCAUUGUAAAGAUUUCCUUUAACCUUUCACACAAUCAGCUUCAAGGUCCUUUGCCGAUAGAGCUUAGCAAGAUGGAUCAGGUGCAAGAGAUUGAUUUGUCAUCGAAUAACCUCACUGGUGAAGUGAUAUCUCAGCUGUCAGCAUGUGCUGAACUGAAGCUCAUCAACCUCUCACACAAUUCUCUUCAAGGACAGCUUCCCAAAUCAUUUGGAGAUCUCCAAAACCUUGAGACUCUUGACGUUUCUUUCAAUUACUUGACUGGGGAGAUUCCAUUGAAACUUAACAAAUGCACCCGUCUCACCCAUUUGAAUCUUUCAUACAAUGACUUCAAUGGACCAAUACCCGCUGGUAGAGUCUUCUCAUUAUUCACCAAUCUAUCCUAUCUUGGAAAUCCACAUUUAUGUGGCUCAGUCGUCGGACGGGCUUGUUCCGAACGACGAAGAUGGCUGCACUCGCAUAAAUUCUUGAUCACCAUUUGCGUCAGUGCUUCAUUAUUAGCAUUGUUACUGGCAUUAUGUUGUGUGAUUGGAAUUAGAAAGACCCGAGGCAGGAUUUUCAGAGGGAGAGAUGACAUGUUUGGUAGCUCAUCGCUGGUGCUAAAAUCAAGUUUCCCACGAAUCACCUACCGAGAACUUGUCAAGGCAACCGGAGAAUUUGAUCAGGAUAGGUUAAUUGGUUCUGGUAGCUAUGGACGGGUCUACAAAGGAGUAUUAAGAGACGGGACCAUUGUUGCAGUGAAAGUACUGCACCUCCAAACUGGCAAUUCCACGAAGAGCUUCAACAGAGAAUGCCAGGUUCUGAAGAGAAUUAGACAUCGGAACCUUAUGAGAAUCAUUACAGCAUGUAGCCGACCGGAUUUCAAGGCUUUGGUCCUUCCUUUCAUGGCCAACGGAAGCCUCGAGAGCGUUCUGUAUUCAGGAUCUUCGGAACUAAGCUUGAUCCAGAGGGUGAAUAUUUGCAGUGAUAUAGCUGAAGGAAUAGCCUACUUGCAUCACCACUCCCCUGUGAUGGUCAUACACUGUGAUCUGAAGCCCAGCAAUGUGCUUCUUAAUGAUGGUAUGACUGCUUUGGUCUCUGAUUUUGGGAUUGCAAGGCUGGUGAUGAAUGUUGGAGCGGGGAACACGACUGGGGCUGACGACAUGGGGAGUUCGACUGCAACUAUGCUCAGGGGCUCUAUUGGAUACAUAGCACCAGAGUACGGAAUUGGCUCAGAUGCAUCAAUCAAGGGAGAUGUUUACAGCUUCGGCGUUGUAGUCCUUGAAAUGGUCACCAGGAAGAGACCCACAGACGAAAUGUUCAAAGGUGGUUUGGGCUUACCCAACUGGGUGAAGAGCCACUACAUUGGGAGGAUGGAGACGGUCAUCGAUGCCUCCUUGGUGACUGCUGUGGAGAAUCAGACAUAUGAAGUGAAAAGAAUGUGGGAGGUGGCAAUUGGAGAGUUGGUAGAUUUGGGUCUACUCUGCACCCAGGAGAGCCCGUCGAGUAGGCCGACGAUGCUGGAUGCUGCUGAUGACUUGGGUCGCUUGAAGAGGUAUCUUUCGGGUGACACAACCACCAGUUUUGCCACCUCUUUGGGAAUGUCAUCUUCCACCAUUGGGGAGGAUGCAGGCACAAGCAUAUCAAACUUGGAUUAAUGGGUUCUAAAAAAUAUGAAAUCACAAUGUUCUGAUAGGCAAUGCUUUCAA